AUGGGUGCUGCUAAUUGUUAAUCAUGCUGUGCUAAAUAGGAGAGUGAUACUACUGAAUUAAAAUUAGGAAGAGAUAAACUAAAACCUAAACAUGAUAAUUCUGAAAAUGAUAUUACAUAACAAGAAUAAAAAAUUUAAGCAAAAGAUCAUGAGAGAUUUGUUGUGGAUUAAGAAUAAUAAAAAUAGAAAAAAGAAACUAAAAAAGAGCCAAAAAAAGAAGCCGUUAAAGAAACACCUGCUAAAAAUGUUGAUGAGAACUCAAAAAAAUCAUAAGAAUAGGAUAAAUAGUUAAAUAUAUCAGCAAAUCAUUCAGUUAGCAUGAAUGUCGCAAAUAACUAAGAAGGGAAUGAUUUAAUUAAAAGUACAAUGAACUGCAAUGAAAGAAAAAAGCUACCUCCUAUUUAAUUAGAAUCAGGGGCUGUAUAUGAAGGAGAAUGGAAGAACGGAAUGAGGGAUGGUUUUGGUAAAUAAAAAUGGCCUGAUGGUUCUAUUUACGAAGGUGAAUGGGUGGAAGAUAAGUCAUCGGGAAGGGUAUUUAAAUUUAUAAUUUUAGGGGAAAUUGACUCAUGCUGAUGGUGAUGUUUAUGAUGGAGAAUGGAAAAAUGAUAAAGCUAAUGGAAAAGGUACUUAUAUUCAUGUUAAUGGUGCAAAAUAUGAAGGAGAAGUAUAUCUAUUUAUAUAUUUUAAGUGGGAAAAUGAUAAAUAACAUGGAAGAGGAGUUGAAAAUUGGCCAGAUGGAGCUAAAUAUGAAGGUUAAUAUUUUGAAGGUAAAAAACAUGGAAAAGGAAUUUUAAAUUUUGCAGAUGGAUCAAGAUAUGAUGGUAAAUUAGUAGAUUUAAUUAUUUAUAGGUGAGUUUUUAUAAAAUGACAUACAUGGUGAAGGUACUUACAUUUGGCCUGAUAAAAGAGUUUAUAAAGGAUAAUGGAAGAAGAAUAAAAUGCAUGGAAAAGGAUAGAUAAUUUGGCAAGAUGGAAGGAAAUAUACUGGAGUAAUAAGUUAAUUCUAAAAUAGGAAUAUGAAGAAGAUAAAAAACAUGGUAAAGGAGUUUUUGAAUGGGCUGAUGGAAGAAAAUAUAUUGGAACUUGGAUUCAAGGUAUGUAAAUAUAAGUUUAUAAAAGGCAGGUAACAUGGGAUUGGAAUAUACUAUUUAUAAAAUAAAGAAGUUAAAGUUGGAGAAUGGAAUGAAGGAAAAAGAAUAAAAUGGUUUGAAAAAAAUGAAAUAGAUUAAUUAAUUGAAGAAUAAAAAAUUAAAAGGGAAGAUCUAUAAUAAUCUGAUUGAUCAAUAUAACUAAUAUUUCAUUUUGGCUUCAUAAAUUUUCAGAAUCAAUUUGUUUUCUAAUCAUAUUUGCAAUUAUAAAUAAGGUUAUGAUUCAUUAUAAUCUACUCAAUAUUUAAUAUAUAUAUUUAUGAAAGUAAAUUAAAAGAAAUAAGUUCAAUUUGUCAAAGGAACUAUAAAUUCUUUAGAAAAUACAUCAACUAUAAAAUACAAUCAUAUUGAAUAAAAUUUAAUAAACGAGAAAGAAUUUGAGAGGAAUUCAAAUUUUACAGAUAGUGAAUUUAUGUCAACUUGUAGAGAACUAAUUGUUUGUUAGAAUUGUGCCAAGGAUCUUAUAAGUUAAUAUAAAGAAUUAUAUCAAACAUUUUUGAGUAGAUAAGAAAAAUUCUUGUUUUUAUAAAGUGAUUUAAAACAAUAUAGAAUCUAAUGUGAGAUUCAUACUUCAAAUUUAAUUGGAUCAAAAAGAAAUGAUUUAUUUAGUAAUAAAAAAUAGAAAUCUUCACUUAAUUUACUUGGAUAAAAUAGAUUAAGCUUAAUGGAUUUUCCAAAGUUUUUAUUUAAAGGAGAAUUCUAAAUUAUAAUACGUGCUGAUGUUUUUAAGGCUCAAGUAAAUUACUUUCUUAAAUAAAUGCAAGUAAAUGAGACAAUUAAUAAUGAAAAAGAGAUUAUAAUGCACAUAAAUGAAAUAAUAGAUCCUUAGGAUAAUAUCAAUUUCAAUGAAUUUAUUCGAUAAAGAGAUAAUUAAAUAAUAAUUAAUUAUGAUGUAUUUUCUUAUUUCAGUAUGCAUAGUAUAUUCUCUUCGAUAAAAUUUUAAAAUUUGGUACAACAGUAUUAGAUAUUUAAAUUUAAGAUAAUUUUAAAUCGAAAAUAUUAAGAGCUAUAAGCUCUUUGAUUUUAGAAUAAAUUUUAAAUGGUAGGGAUCAAUUUAUUUAGAAGUAUCAUUUAAAAAUAAAUUUUAUUAGAAUUGUNUAUUUAUAGGUGAGUUUUUAUAAAAUGACAUACAUGGUGAAGGUACUUACAUUUGGCCUGAUAAAAGAGUUUAUAAAGGAUAAUGGAAGAAGAAUAAAAUGCAUGGAAAAGGAUAGAUAAUUUGGCAAGAUGGAAGGAAAUAUACUGGAGUAAUAAGUUAAUUCUAAAAUAGGAAUAUGAAGAAGAUAAAAAACAUGGUAAAGGAGUUUUUGAAUGGGCUGAUGGAAGAAAAUAUAUUGGAACUUGGAUUCAAGGUAUGUAAAUAUAAGUUUAUAAAAGGCAGGUAACAUGGGAUUGGAAUAUACUAUUUAUAAAAUAAAGAAGUUAAAGUUGGAGAAUGGAAUGAAGGAAAAAGAAUAAAAUGGUUUGAAAAAAAUGAAAUAGAUUAAUUAAUUGAAGAAUAAAAAAUUAAAAGGGAAGAUCUAUAAUAAUCUGAUUGAUCAAUAUAACUAAUAUUUCAUUUUGGCUUCAUAAAUUUUCAGAAUCAAUUUGUUUUCUAAUCAUAUUUGCAAUUAUAAAUAAGGUUAUGAUUCAUUAUAAUCUACUCAAUAUUUAAUAUAUAUAUUUAUGAAAGUAAAUUAAAAGAAAUAAGUUCAAUUUGUCAAAGGAACUAUAAAUUCUUUAGAAAAUACAUCAACUAUAAAAUACAAUCAUAUUGAAUAAAAUUUAAUAAACGAGAAAGAAUUUGAGAGGAAUUCAAAUUUUACAGAUAGUGAAUUUAUGUCAACUUGUAGAGAACUAAUUGUUUGUUAGAAUUGUGCCAAGGAUCUUAUAAGUUAAUAUAAAGAAUUAUAUCAAACAUUUUUGAGUAGAUAAGAAAAAUUCUUGUUUUUAUAAAGUGAUUUAAAACAAUAUAGAAUCUAAUGUGAGAUUCAUACUUCAAAUUUAAUUGGAUCAAAAAGAAAUGAUUUAUUUAGUAAUAAAAAAUAGAAAUCUUCACUUAAUUUACUUGGAUAAAAUAGAUUAAGCUUAAUGGAUUUUCCAAAGUUUUUAUUUAAAGGAGAAUUCUAAAUUAUAAUACGUGCUGAUGUUUUUAAGGCUCAAGUAAAUUACUUUCUUAAAUAAAUGCAAGUAAAUGAGACAAUUAAUAAUGAAAAAGAGAUUAUAAUGCACAUAAAUGAAAUAAUAGAUCCUUAGGAUAAUAUCAAUUUCAAUGAAUUUAUUCGAUAAAGAGAUAAUUAAAUAAUAAUUAAUUAUGAUGUAUUUUCUUAUUUCAGUAUGCAUAGUAUAUUCUCUUCGAUAAAAUUUUAAAAUUUGGUACAACAGUAUUAGAUAUUUAAAUUUAAGAUAAUUUUAAAUCGAAAAUAUUAAGAGCUAUAAGCUCUUUGAUUUUAGAAUAAAUUUUAAAUGGUAGGGAUCAAUUUAUUUAGAAGUAUCAUUUAAAAAUAAAUUUUAUUAGAAUUGUAAAAUUAAUCCAAAAUAUUAUAGCUUAAAUAAAUAAUCAUUUAAAAAAUAGAGAAUAGAAUUCAACAAAUCGAAUAUGAGAAAUAAUAAUAAAUGCUUAUAGCAUACAUAGAGUAAGAAGAAAAAUAAAUUGAAGUGAAGAAAGAAAAAUAAAGAAAAAAAAGAUAAUAGCGAAAAUUAAAAAAGAAAGUUAAUUAAUAAUUGGAAUAGUUGGAAGAGGAGGAAGAGGAUGAUGAAGAAACAAAAAACUUUUUUUGUGAUAUAAAUUUCAAAACAUAAAAAUGUGAAUCUUCACACUCUGACAAAGAAAUCAUAACAGAAUUACUGAUUCUAAAAAGAAAUAUUAAUGAAAUCAACCAAAAAAGAAAAUAGUUAAGAGAAACUAUUAGAAAAGAGUGGGAAAACUAUUAAAAAUAGUUCUAAUCAUUAAAACAAUGA